AUGUCCUUCAACAAGGAUACCGGCAUUCCGACUAGGUCAGUUUCUCUUGCGGGCAAGGGAAGCGUGGGGGUACCUAGAGGUAAAUUAGUAGAUUCAUGGCAGAAGAAAACAGCAACCACAUCUGAAGAGACAGCUCCAAAACCAGCACUCAAGCCCUGGCAACAGUCGUCCUCAAAGGCAGCGGGUCUCGGCUCCAUAGCCAGUAAGUUUGGAGGAGCUGGUAAUGGCGGACCGUCCAAGUUUGGACCGUCUAAGUUCGGAGGUAGUCAGUCAGGCUCCAAUACUCCUCCGGAACCUAGCACAACCUCUUUUAAAAGAACUUCUCCUACUGGCUCUAAAGGAGCUUCUCCAUUUGGUUCGAAAGCAGUAUCACCCAGCGCCUCGAAGGCAACAUCGCCCUUUGGCUCGAAAACAGCAUCUCCUAGCGCCUCGAAAACAGCAUCACCCGGUACCGCAAAGCGAUCCAUUCCCGUGAGGAACAGCCCAAGAUCAAGUCCGAAGUCUAGCCCUGUUACGAAGCGAAAGUCUCCUAAGACAAGUCCUAAAUUUGGCAGGAAGAGUCCACCUAAAAGUCCUGCAAAGAAGUCCCCAAAGAUUCCAAGAGCCGGUGGAUCCCGAUUUGGUGCACUGAAAGCCAAGGGCUUCAAAGGAGUGCUCAAAGAGCAUGGGUUGUUGAAACAGAGAAUCGAGAGAGUCAAAGAAUUCAUCAAAAAGCACAAUAAAAUUUCAGAAAUCCAAAAAGAGCUUCUUAUCAGUGCAAUCGAUAAUGAAAGUUACACCUGCAGAGAUCUUCAGCUGUGUAUUUUCGCUGGUUCUGAUCUUCAGGCUAAGUUUACCCUUCCUGGAAAGGAUCCCAAUAACCCCAAAGUUCUCCACAAGUCAACAAAACAGUUCAUUCAACUUGCUGUUUCAAAGCUUAAGUUCCCCCAACAUGUCAAAGACAAGCUCUCUCAAGCGAUCGUCGAUGACAAUUGCGAGAUUGGUCUCAGCAAAGUUACCAUUCUGAUUAAAUCUGGUACCACAACCCAGAACAUAACCUUGAAUCUCCCUGGUGUGCUUUAUCCACAGAUCAUUCAGCGAGAGACUAACAUUGCAACUUCUUCCCUCAUCGAAAUCGUGGACAAAUUCACUGUGGAACAGUCUAUGAACGCUGAUGAAAGGAACUCUGUGUUGUCCUCAAUUUACAACAACAACUAUUCGCUGGACGGUCGUAGACUGUCAGUGCUAGUGAAGGACGGUGAAAAACGUAAGUCAGUAGACUUUGAUAUCGAUCCUGCCAAGUUGACCGAAAAUGAAAGUGUCCCACCUGGCACUAGCCUACCAUAUUUCUACGUACCUGAGGAUGUAUCCGACGAUGAGAUCAAAGAGAUCAUGAUCAAGACCAUAUCCUCUUCAACAAUUGACACUGAAAGUAUGGAACUUGCCAUCAAAGCAAUAAAACAUGGCAGAUAUAGACGUGAGGGAAAUAAGAUCCUUAUCGAAGGGUUCAAACGUGAUAGUCUGACAUCGUCUGACGAGUGUGCCUCAUCCCCUGAACUAGCUAUCAAAAUCCGCAAGAAAAAGGAGGAGGAACCCAAACCUUUCAGUGCAGUUAUCGAGGCAACAACAGUUAUGGAACAACAAGGCUUGAACGAACUUGAGAGCUUCAAAUUCAACAUUGGCCCUCUUAGCAAUGAACUGAUACAGCUUAAGCAUAAGAUAAUCAAGGUCAUCACCAUGCUCAGCAUCGAAGAUAGGAUAAAGAUAGAACUCAUUAACAAGCUCAUCGAUGACAAUUUCAAGAUUGAUGGUAAUAUUAUAACUAUUAAAUCAACGACCUUAACGUUGUUCUUCAUGACUACUGAUUAUGAGAUUACGGAUGUGAAGAUUUCGUAUAACAAUAAAGUCCAAUUCUGCAAAUAUAUUCCUAUUCGCAUCGUUAUUCUGGGUACAGAUGCUAUCAAGCAGUCCAAGUUUAAUGAAGAAAAGAAAAAACUUCUGGUCGAGAAGUUCUACACUGGAGAUUACGUUGAAGAACGAGGAUCUGUUAAAAUUGCCAUCGCUUACAACAGAAUCCCUGUUCGUUUCUCCUUUGGCAUUCCAAAACCUGUUGCAACAAUUCCUGAUGUUCCUAAGGACGAACUCAAAGUUAAGGUCAUCAACGACUUGUCCACAAGUGAUCUUACCAAGGUUGAGCAAGAUCAAGUGUUGCAGUCGCUUCUGGAUGAGGACUAUACACUGGUGAAUACUGAUGUUGUCUUCAAAAUUGGUGUUCCGGUAAGAUCUUACAGAGUUCGUUUGAUAGUGGAUAACUCCUCCACCAGUACACCCAACACAGGGUCUCCUGCAGCUGUUAGAACUCCUGUAAUGAAGGUUAUCUCGAAACAGGAUGAUGUUGUGUUAGAGGAAAUAGGACCCUCUAACUUCGAUCAGCGACCUAUUGACGGUGCCGUGAGGGAAAAACUGAGGGCGGUCAUCAUGAUGAGUGAUUUCGACGAUGAGACUAAAACCAUUCUUUUAGCUCAGUUAGAACAGCUUUCCUACUUCACGGGUGAUACAGUGACGAUAGAUUCAACAAAAGCUGACGGCACACCCGUUAGGUUCACUAUCAACGCUAAAUUCACACACGAAGUGUUGUUUGUUGACUCUGGUGAAGGUGCACAUAAAAACAAGAAGCAAAAAGUGGUAGUAGCUGGCGUCGAAUCUGAAGAUGUUGCUAUGGUUGAUGUAGAGGAUUCGGAAAUCCCAGACAUUCAAGCUUUUUCUUCGAAGCCUGUUGAGCAAGCUCCAGAGAGUACAAAAGACGAUGAGCCGACUGGAGCAAAAGUUCCCGUUACAUCAGAAAUACGAGUGUACCUGAUCGACUCUGUGAAGAACAGCCAAUUUGAUCAAGAGAUAAAAGACUUGCUCAUCGGUGAGCUUACUGAACUUUCCUACAUAACUGGUGAUGCAGUCGAACUUAACGUUACCAAGAGUGAUGGGACACCAGUAAAGUUAACUCUAAAUUACUCCACAUCGUCGGAGACAUACCCUCAGACUGCCGAGAAAAUAGUGCCUAGCCCUGAGGACACUGUUUCUUCAAAGAAAGCUAAAUUACCCGAAGAUACGCCGUCAUCUGAGAAGGCUCCUGAGCAACCACUAACAUUGGAAGAAGAGAAUGUUGUUAUGACCGAAGAAAUGGUCCCGCUUGAAGAUGAGGACAUUCCAAUGCAAGAGCCUGAGAAGGUAUCAACAAGAGAGUCAGCACCUGAUAUCUCUAUCAAACCUGAAAAGAUAGCACCUAAACAAGAUGCUCCUCAAGAACCUGAUAGACCUAUAACACAUUUAGAUGACGUCAGUGUAAAAAGGCUAAAGGAAAGCUCGGAAGGAGUUCCUGCAGCGAUCCCUGUAACAGAUGAGAUCAGAGAUCAGCUGUUACGGUCUAUUGAUGCUAGUAAUCUUGAUGAUGAGACCAAAGAACUGCUGAAAAAAGAAAUACUGAAGCUGGAAGUUCUGGAUGGCGACACAAUAAAAUUGAAAACUGUAAAGAAGGAUGGCACUCCAAUAGAACUUACUAUUAAUGUUAAGAACAUUGUUGAAGCAGCACAACCACCAACCACAAAACCAGUCAAGAAGCCCGAAGAUGUUCGCAAAACUGCUGUUCCAUCCUUAGAUGAGGAAGAUGUCCCCAUGCCUGAAGAAAGCAAUGCUACUGAGGUUGAUGCCCCGAUUCCCGUGCAAGAACCAGAGAAAGUUGCUCAAGAUAAGUCUAGUCCUGACGCUCCUACAAAUGUUACCAGUCCCGAGGCUGAACCAACUGUGUCAAUUCCCAUGACAAACGAAAUCAGGGAUCAACUGACUCAAUCGAUUCGUGCACUUAAUGUAGACGAUGAAACUAAGGACCUUCUAGUAGAUGAGAUUAACAAGCUUGAAACCUUGGAUGGUGACACUAUCAAGUUGAAAACGACCAAAAAAGAUGGUACACCUGUAGAGCUUACAAUCAACGUCAAAAACAUAAUUGAGGCAGCAGCUCCCAAACAAAAACCAGAUAACAAGCAGGCAACUGCAGCAGCAGCUUCAUCAAAACCCACUGUUACGGAAGAAGAUGUUCCAAUGUCUGACGAGGAGGUUUCCCUGCAAGUUGAUGAAGACAUCCCAAUGCAGGAGGAACAGAAGGUAAAUGAAAGGGAGUCUCAGCCGGAUGCCCCCAAGGGAACAGCAAAAAUCUUACCUGCUACAGGAACUCCUAAGAAGGCUGAUCAGCCAGUCACUCAUUUGGAUGACGGAUCAGAACCUUCUGUGUCUGUGCCUAUGACUGACGACAUCAGGGAUCAACUGACUCAAUCGAUUCGUGCACUUAAUGUAGACGAUGAAACUAAGGACCUUCUAGUAGACGAGAUUAAUAAGCUUGAAUCUUUGGAUGGUGACACUAUCAAGUUGAAAACGACCAAAAAAGAUGGUACACCAGUAGAGCUUACAAUCAACGUCAAGAACAUAAUUGAGGCAGCAGCACCCCAACAAAAACCAGAUAAAAAGCAGGCAGCUCCAGCAGCAGCUUCUUCAAAACCCACUGUUACGGAAGAAGAUGUUCCAAUGUCUGACGAGGAGGUUUCCCCACAAGUCGACGAGGACAUCCCAAUGCAGGAGGAACAGAAGGUAAAAGAAAGGGAGUCUCAACCGGAUGCCCCCAAGGGAACAGCGAAAGUAUUACCUGCUACAGGAACUCCCAAGAAGGCUGACCAGCCAGUCGCUCAUUUGGAUGAUGUCAGUGUAACAAGAAAACUAGCCAGCCCUGCAUCAGAGCCUUCUGUGUCUGUUCCAAUGACUGACGACAUCAGAGAUCAGCUAAUUCAAUCUAUUGAAGGUAGCAAUCUGGAUGAUGAGACUAAAGAUCUGCUCAAAGACGAGAUUAACAAGCUUGAUGCUUUAGAUGGUGACACCAUUAAGUUGAAAACGACUAAAAAAGAUGGUACUCCAGUAGAGCUUACAAUCAACGUCAAAAACAUCAUCGAGGCAGCAGCUCCCCAACAAAAAACAGAUAAAAAGCAGGCAGCUCCAGCAGCAGCUUCAUCAAAACCCACUGUGACGGAAGAAGAUGUCCCAAUGUCUGAUGAGGAGGUUUCUCCACAAGUUGACGAAGACAUCCCAAUGCAGGAGGAACAGAAGGUAAAAGAAAGGGAGUCUCAACCGGAUGCCCCCAAGGGAACAGAGAAAAUCUUACCUGCUACAGGAACUCCUAAGAAGGCUGAUCAGCCAGUCACUCAUUUGGAUGACGGAUCAGAACCUUCUGUGUCUGUGCCUAUGACUGACGACAUCAGGGAUCAACUGACUCAAUCGAUUCGUGCACUUAAUGUAGACGAUGAAACUAAGGACCUUCUAGUAGACGAGAUUAAUAAGCUUGAAUCUUUGGAUGGCGACACUAUCAAGUUGAAAACGACUAAAAAAGAUGGUACACCAGUAGAGCUUACAAUCAACGUCAAAAACAUAAUUGAGGCAGCAGUUCCCCAACAAAAACCAGUUAAAAAGCAGGCAGCUCCAGCAGCAGCUUCUUCAAAACCCAAUGUUACGGAAGAAGAUGUUCCAAUGUCUGAUGAGGAGGUUUCCCCACAAGUCGACGAGGACAUCCCAACGCAGGAGGAACAGAAGGUAAAAGAAAGGGAGUCUCAACCGGAUGCCCCCAAGGGAACAGAGAAAAUCGUACCUGCUACAGGAACUCCUAAGAAGGCUGACCAGCCAGUCGCUCAUUUGGAUGAUGUCAGUGUAACAAGAAAUCUAGCCAGCCCUGCAUCAGAGCCUUCUGUGUCUGUUCCAAUGACUGACGACAUCAGAGAUCAGCUAAUUCAAUCUAUUGAAGGUAGCAAUCUGGAUGAUGAGACUAAAGAUCUGCUUAAAGACGAGAUUAACAAGCUUCAUGCUUUAGAUGGUGACACCAUUAAGUUGAAAACGACUAAAAAAGAUGGUACUCCAGUAGAGCUUACAAUCAACGUCAAAAACAUCAUCGAGGCAGCAGCUCCCCAACAAAAACCAGUUAAAAAGCAGGCAGCUCCAGCAGCAGCUUCUUCAAAACCCAAUGUUACGGAAGAAGAUGUUCCAAUAUCUGAUGAGGAGGUUUCCCCACAAGUCGACGAGGACAUCCCAACGCAGGAGGAACAGAAGGUAAAAGAAAGGGAGUCUCAACCGGAUGCCCCCAAGGGAACAGAGAAAAUCUUACCUGCUACAGGAACUCCUAAGAAGGCUGAUCAGCCAGUCACUCAUUUGGAUGACGGAUCAGAACCUUCUGUGUCUGUGCCUAUGACUGACGACAUCAGGGAUCAACUGACUCAAUCGAUUCGUGCACUUAAUGUAGACGAUGAAACUAUCAAGUUGAAAACGACCAAAAAAGAUGGUACACCAGUAGAGCUUACAAUCAACGUCAAGAAAAUAAUUGAAGCAGCAGCUCCCCAGCAAAAACCAGUUAAAAAGCAGGCAUCUCCAGCAGCAGCUUCUUCAAAACCCAAUGUUACGGAGGAAGAUGUUCCAAUGUCUGACGAGGAGGUUUCCCCACAAGUCGACGAGGACAUCCCAACGCAGGAGGAACAGAAGGUAAAAGAAAGGGAGUCUCAACCGGAUGCCCCCAAGGGAACAGAGAAAAUCUUACCUGCUACAGGAACUCCUAAGAAGGCUGACCAGCCAGUCGCUCAUUUGGAUGAUGUCAGUGUAACAAGAAAUCUAGCCAGCCCUGCAUCAGAGCCUUCUGUGUCUGUUCCAAUGACUGACGACAUCAGAGAUCAGCUAAUUCAAUCUAUUGAAGGUAGCAAUCUGGAUGAUGAGACUAAAGAUCUGCUUAAAGACGAGAUUAACAAGCUUCAUGCUUUAGAUGGUGACACCAUUAAGUUGAAAACGACUAAAAAAGAUGGUACUCCAGUAGAGCUUACAAUCAACGUCAAAAACAUCAUCGAGGCAGCAGCUCCCCAACAAAAACCAGUUAAAAAGCAGGCAGCUCCAGCAGCAGCUUCUUCAAAACCCAAUGUUACGGAAGAAGAUGUUCCAAUAUCUGAUGAGGAGGUUUCCCCACAAGUCGACGAGGACAUCCCAACGCAGGAGGAACAGAAGGUAAAAGAAAGGGAGUCUCAACCGGAUGCCCCCAAGGGAACAGAGAAAAUCUUACCUGCUACAGGAACUCCUAAGAAGGCUGAUCAGCCAGUCACUCAUUUGGAUGACGGAUCAGAACCUUCUGUGUCUGUGCCUAUGACUGACGACAUCAGGGAUCAACUGACUCAAUCGAUUCGUGCACUUAAUGUAGACGAUGAAACUAAGGACCUUCUAGUAGAUGAGAUUAAUAAGCUUGAAUCUUUGGAUGGCGACACUAUCAAGUUGAAAACGACCAAAAAAGAUGGUACACCAGUAGAACUUACAAUCAACGUCAAAAACAUAAUUGAGGCAGCAGCUCCCCAACAAAAACCAUUUGAAAAGCAAGCAGCUCCAGCAGCAGCUUCAUCAAAACCCACUGUUACGGAAGAGGAUGUCCCAAUGUCUGAUGAGGAGGUUUCUCCACAAGUUGACGAAGACAUCCCAAUGCAGGAGGAACAGAAAGUCAAAGAAAGGGAGUCUCAGCCGGAUGCCCCCAAGGGAACAGAAAAAAUCUUGCCUGCUACAGGAACUCCUAAGAAGGCUGAUCAGCCAGUCACUCAUUUGGAUGACGGAUCAGAACCUUCUGUGUAUGUGCCUAUGACUGACGACAUCAGGGAUCAACUGACUCAAUCGAUUCGUGCACUUAAUGUAGACGAUGAAACCAAGGACCUUCUAGUAGACGAGAUUAAUAAGCUUGAAUCUUUGGAUGGCGACACUAUCAAGUUGAAAACGACCAAAAAAGAUGGUACACCUGUAGAGCUUACAAUCAACGUCAAAAACAUAAUUGAGGCAGCAGCUCCCCAACAAAAACCAGAUAAAAAGCAGGCAGCUCCAGCAGCAGCUUCAUCAAAACCCACUGUCACGGAAGACGAUGUCCCAAUGUCUGAUGAGGAAGUUUCCCCACAAGUCGACGAGGACAUUCCAAUGCAGGAAGAAAAGAAGGUUAAAGAAAGGGAGUCUCAACCAGAUGCCCCCAAGGGUACGCAGAAAAUUUUACCCGCUACAGGAACUCCGAAGAAGGCUGAUCAGCCAGUCGCUCACUCAGCAAAACCUACUGUCACUGAAGAAGAUGUCCCAAUGUCUGAUGAGGAAGUUUCCCCGCAAGUCGACAAGGACAUUCCAAUGCAGGAAGAAAAGAAGGUUAAAGAAAGGGAGUCUCAACCAGAUGCCCCCAAGGGAACGGAGAAAAUCUUACCCGCUACAGGAACUCCCAAGAAGGCUGAUCAGCCAGUCGCUCAUUUGGAUGAUGUCAGUGUAACAAGAAAAUUAGCCAGCCCUGGAUCAGAACCAUCCGUGUCUGUUCCAAUGACUGACGAUAUCAGAGAUCAGCUAAUUCAAUCUAUUGAAGGUAGCAAUCUGGACGAUGAAACUAAAGAUCUGCUGAAGGACGAGAUUAACAAGCUUGAUGCUUUAGAUGGUGACACCAUUAAGUUGAAAACGACUAAAAAAGAUGGUACUCCAGUAGAGCUGACAAUCAACGUCAAGAACAUAGUUGAAGCAGCAACUCCAGUCCAUCAGAAACCAGUCGAGGACAAACCAACUUCAGAACCUUCUGAAACACCGUCUAAACCAUUACGAGCAGUGGAGAAGACAACAAAAUCGCCACAAGUUGUGGAGGAGGAUGUUUUAAUGUCUGAAGACGAAAUCAGUCCCCAAAUCGACGAAGAUAAUAUACCAUUGCAAGAAGAAAAGAAGGUCAAGGAAAGGGAAUCGCAACCAGAUGUCCCCGAGGGAACAAAGGAAAGUCCCAAGAAGGCUGAUAAGCCAGUCGCUCAUUUGGAUGAUGUUAGUGUAACAAGGAAACUAGCCAGCCCUGGAUCAGAGCCUUCUGUGUAUGUGCCUAUGACUGAUGACAUCAGAGAUCAACUCAACCAGUCAAUCGAUGGUAGCAAUCUUGACGAUGAAACUAAAGAUCUGCUUAAAGACGAGAUAAAUAAGCUGGACAAUUUAGAUGGUGAUACCAUCAAGUUGAAAACGACUAAAAAAGAUGGUACACCAGUUGAGCUUACAAUCAACGUCAAGAACAUAGUUGAAGCGUCGAAGCCACUCCAGCAGAAGCCAGCUGUUGAGGAGCCAACCUCUAUAACUCCUGAACGACCGUCUAAACCAUCACGAGCAGCAGAUAAGGUGACCAAAUCACCGGAAGUUGUUGAAGAGGAUGUCCCAAUGUCUGAUGAGGAGGUUUCCCUACAAGUUGACGAGGACAUCCCAAUGCAGGACGAACAGAAGGUAAAAGAAAGGGAGUCUCAACCGGAUGCCCCCAAGGGAACAGAGAAAAUCUUACCUGCUACAGGAACUCCUAAGAAGGCAGAUCAGCCUGUUGCUCAUUUGGAUGAUGUCAGUGUCACAAGAAAACUAGCAAGCCCUGGAUCAGAACCAUCUGUGUCUGUGCCUAUGACUGACGACAUCAGAGAUCAGCUAAUUCAAUCUAUUGAAGGUAGCAAUCUGGAUGAUGAGACUAAAGAUCUGCUCAAAGACGAGAUUAACAAGCUUGAUGCUUUAGAUGGUGACACCAUUAAGUUGAAUACGACUAAAAAAGAUGGUACUCCAGUUGAGCUUACAAUUAACGUCAAAAAUAUAGUUGAAGCAUCGAAGCCACUCCAGCAAAAACCAACUGUCGACAAGCCAACCUCUGUAGCUCCUGAACGACCGUCCAAGCCAUCACGUGCAGCAGAUAAGGUGACCAAAUCACCAGAAGUUGUUGAGGAGGAUGUCCCAAUGUCUGAUGAGGAGGUUUCCCCGCUAGUUGACGAGGGCAUUCCAAUGCAGGAGGAGCAGAAGGUAAAAGAAAGUGAGUCUCAGCCGGAUGCCCCCAAGGGAACAGAGAAAACUUUACCUGCUACAGAAGCUCCCAAGGAGGCUGAUCAGCCAGUCGCUCAUUCAGCAAAACCUACUGUCACGGAAGAAGAUGUUCCAAUGUCUGAUGAGGAGGUUUCCCCGCAAGUUGACGAGGACAUUCCAAUGCAGGAAGAAAAGAAGGUAAAGGAAAAGGAGUCCCAGCCGGAUGUCCCCAAGGGAACAGAGAAAAUCUUACCUGCUACAGGAACUCCUAAAAAGGCUGAUCAGCCAGUAGCUCAUUUGGAUGAUGUCAGUGUAACAAGAACACUAGCAAGUCCUGGAUCAAAGCCUGUUUCUAUUCUUAUGACUGAUGAUAUUAGAGAUCAGCUUACUCAGUCUAUCGAUGCUAGCAACCUUGAUGAUGAGACAAAAGAUCUUCUAAAAGAUGAAAUAAACAAACUUGAAGCUUUGGAUGGCGACACCAUAAAGUUGAAGACCGCCAAACAGGAUGGCACUCCGAUAGAGCUCACUAUAAACGUCAAAAACAUAAUCGAGGCAUGUCAGCCUGAUCCUUCAACACCGUCAAGAGCAGUUGAGAAACCUGCCGAAAGUUCACUAGCUGAGCCUGUCAAGGUACCAUCAUUAGAGGAAAGUGAUAAACCAAUGUGUGAUGAGGAGAUUGCUCCUGAAGUUGAUGAGGAUAUUCCAGAGCAAGUGUCACAAGAGGUGACUGGACGAGAGUCUGCACCUGAUGUGCCAAAGGAAUCUUCUAAGCCAGUCACAGAGUCCGAACCAAGUGUUCGCAAACAACCAGAAGACGUCGUGCUUAGCAAAGAUGCUCCCGAAGACAUCGCUCAGUCUCCAACUCAUUUAGAUGAUGUAAGUGUGACAAGAAAAAUAGCUAGUCCUGAAUCGAAACCUGAACCCAUUCCCAUGACAGAUGACAUGAGAGACCAACUGAUUCAAUCAAUCCGGGCAAGCAAUCUUGAUGAUGAGACAAAGGAUCUUCUAGAAGAUGAGGUUAAUAAACUUGACACUUUGGAUAGUGAAACUAUCAAGCUUUCAACAGCUAAAAAAGAUGGCACCCCUAUAGAACUAACUAUCAACGUGAAACACAUUAUUGAAGCAUCGCAGCCUGCAUCAAAGGAGGCAGUAGAGCCAAUGGACACUGCCCCUGUUAUUAGCGAAUCUUCUGACCCUGUGACGAAAGUGGUAGCAGAUCCUAAAUCACCUAAAUUGGAGGAAGAGGAUGUUCCUAUGCCUGUUGAGGAGAUAGCUCCCCAAGCUGACGAAGAUAUUCCAAUGCAAGAACCUCAAAAGGUUUCAGGAAGACAAUCGGAACCUGUCCUCGCAAAAGAACCAGAGGACAAACCCGAAGUUGAUCUGCCAAAGGAGUCCCCAGUUAGUGCUCCAGUUUCUACACCUCAGAAAGAAGACAAAACUGAGCCUGAACCUAUACCAGAUGAUGAACCAGCGAGAGAAAUAACGACGUCUGAUGAGGAAGGAGAAAGUCGCGUUUUACCUGCUAUUUCUGCGCCAAAGCCUAUACCCACAGUUGUUGUUGAACCCUGUACUCCUGUUGGAAGCCAACCUAAAAUACCCGGUGUUACAGUUAGUGAAGAAGAGUCGCCAGAAGUCACUCAGCUUGAGGAUGUGACUAUCACUGAAGUACAAGCAGCUCCUUCUGAAGAAAACGAACCCCUCCCAAUCACUGAUGAUUUGAAAGAACAGCUCAUCAAAUCAGUACAAGCUAGUCCUCUUGAUGAGGAAACUGUUUGUCUAUUAGAAGAUGAAAUAAAGAAGUUGGAAAAUCUAGAAGGUGACACUAUGACACUCAGUGCCACAAAGGAGGAUGGUACACCUGUAGAACUUACCAUCAACAUCAAUCAAAUGAUCAAAUCCGCUGAUGAAGGGUCUUCUGAUGAGGAAGACGGUGGUUCCUCAUCUUCAUCAUCAUCAUCAUCAGACUCUUCUGUAGAGUCCGAUAAAGAGGAUGAUGUUCAGCAUCUGGGUGAUGUCUGUUUGGUGGUCGCACCUAUUAAUCAAUCCAGUAGACGAAUUUCAACUCCAAUGACUGAUGAGUUACGGUCCCAGCUUGUUGAGGCCCUGAAAUGUGGUGACUUAGAUAGUGAAACUGUGGAAAUCUUCACAAAGGAAAUCGAAAAUCUUAAGGAAAUUGAGGGAGAUCAGGUUAAGCUUAAAUCAAAGAAACCUGAUGGCAGUCCAGUUGAGUUAACUAUCAAUGUUGCAAAUAUUCUUCGCAACAAUUCUUCGCCUGACCAAGUUCCCGUUGAGCCUCUGAAGCCAGUUUUGGUUUAUCCUAUCAAGAUCAGCCAAGAAAUAACUGUUGAAGGUGCCCCUGAAACUGCCACAUAUGUCACUGAUGAAACCAAGGAUAAGAUAAAAGAUUCCUUACCAUCGUGUGAAAUCGACGAUGAAGCAAUCAAGCUACUUAGUGAUGGUAUUGAUAAAUUGACACAACUUAAAGAUGAUGUUGUAACGAUAAAUGCUGUCAAGAAGGACGGUACUCCAGUAGAGUUGAUUUUGAAUGUCAAACACGUGCCAAAGGAGGUGAUCCCAGCCUCAAGUGAUGAGGCUGCUGCUCUACCUGAUCUUUCUAAAAAUGACGUCUCCCCCAAGAAGGUGAAAGUUAAGCCAAUGAAAUCCAUUGAAGUGGAACCAAUAAAACUCCACGAAGCUGUUAAAGUUAUGUCUAGCUCAGACAUUCAGAAGCCUGUCACUCCGCUUACUGAUGAUAUAAAAGCUCAGAUAGUUGCUUCUUUGAAAGAAGGAAACGUAGAUGAUGAGGUGAUUGCUAUGAUGGUCGAUGAACUGAACAAGCAUAAAGACCUUGAAGGAGACUCAGUAACGUUGAAAGCCAAAAAGAAAGAUGGUACACCUGUUGAGCUUACUAUAAACAUCAAACAUGUCAUGAAAAACUUGUUUCCUGCGAUUCCUUCUGAUGGAAGUGAUGGUGUUGGCGACAGUGGAGAUGAUCAGGAUGUAUCGGACGUAGAGUCAGUUCCAGAACAGAUUGUUGUCGAACCUGCCAAACCAACCGAGGUUGCUCCACUGAAGGUACAACCAUUGUCUAGUGAAGAUGUCGAAGAUAUAACCCCGACUAAUGAUGAUGCUACUCCAACUAACGAUUCUCCUGUCAUAAAAGAAGAACCAGAUGUUGCCGAAUGCGAGUCUGCACCAGCUACUGCUGUUCCUAUGACAGAUGAUAUCAAGAAGCAAAUCCUGGACGCCUUGAAAGGUGCUAAUCUCGACGAUGAAACAUUGGAACUUCUCAGUGACGAGAUUGACAAGGUGCCUGAAUUAGAUGGAGAGAAGAUGCAUCUGACUGCAAAGAAGAAGGAUGGUACUCCAAUUGAUCUGACUAUCAACAUCAGCCAUAUCACCAAGAUUGUUUCUCCUGCUAGUAGUGAUGAUGGUUUUGAAAUGGUUGAAAUGCCAGUAGAAGAACCUGAGGUUUUAGAGGCACCUGUUAUUUCUUCCGAGGAAAAAUCUGUGACGGAGUCAUCCCCAGAAGUUCAGCCUAUAGAGGUAAAACUUUCUCUCCAAAUGGAGGGCUCGCCUGACAAAGAUUCCGAUAAACCCAGUAUACCAAUCUCCGAGGAGGUUCGUUCUAAGAUUGUGGAUUCAUUGAAGAAAACAGGUCUAGAUGACGAAGCAACCGAACUAUUAGUGAAAGAAGUUGCUAAAUUGGACACUUUAGAGGGAGACCAGGUCAUAGUCAAUACUCAAAAGGAAGAUGGUACUCCAGUUCAUUUAACAAUAAAUGUGUCUCAUUUAACUCGUCACAUCGUUCCUAUUCCUGCUGGAGAUGAUGAUGGUUAUGAGUUGGUUGAAGCAGCAGAUAAACCUGUCGAUCAAUCUGCCCCAACAAUUACUGUCGAAGAAAUAGCACUGACAGAAGAGGUUCCUCCCGAAGAGAGUGGUAUUGAGGAUAUCAACGUUGAGAUGGAUGAGGCACCUGAAGUUGAAGAAAUGCCUGAAGAGCCAGUUGAAAAGAAGAUGAUUCCAGUCACCGUAGACAUCAAAGCUCAGAUCAUGGAUUCAUUGAAAGGAGCAGAUCUUGAUGAUGAGACACUCGCUCUGCUAGAGAAAGAGGUCGACAAAUUGGACAAUCUUGAAGGUGAUCAGAUUAAGCUUGAUGCUAAGAAAAAAGAUGGCACACCGAUAUCUUUGGCAAUAAACAUCUCUCAUAUCACCAGACAUAUUGCUCCAACACCUGUCUCAGAUGAAGAGGGAUAUGAACUAGUUGAGGCUGCUGAGGUUCCUAAAAAAGCACCUAGUAUUGAAGAAUUACCUCUUAUGGAAGAAAUUCCUACUGAUGAAAGUGGCAUUGAGGAUAUCAGCGUUGAAAGGGAUGAGCUUCCUGAAGUUGAAAAACUACCUGAAGAGCCAGUUCAACACAAGAAAGUUCCAGUUACUGAAGACAUCAAAUCUCAGAUUUUAGAUUCAUUGAAAGGAGCUGAUCUUGAUGAAGAAACACUCGAUCUUUUGGAGAAAGAGGUCGACAAAUUAGAUAAUUUGGAAGGUGACCAAAUAAAACUGGAUACGAAAAAGAAGGACGGGACUCCGAUAUCUUUGACGAUCAACGUGUCCCAUAUCACCCGGCAUAUUGCUCCAACACCAGUUGAAGAGGAUGAAAGCUACGAGUUGGUAGCCUCAGAUGAUGUCACUCCUGUUGAAAAGGAAGAGCCCGCCAAAACGGAACAAGAGCCAGUUGCGACUCCAAUAACUGAUGCUAUAAAGGCACAGAUCAUUCUUUCUUUACAAUCUGGUGAUUUCGAUGAUGAAACCAUGAAAAUUCUCGAGGAAGAACUCGAAAAGAUUGACUCUGUUGAUGAUGGUAAGAUGGAAAUCGCUGCUACAAAGAAAGAUGGUACACCGAUUAACUUGACGGUUAACAUCAACAACAUUGUCAAGAAUAUUGUCCCUGUUCCUAUGGAUGAGGAAGAGGGUUACGAGCUCAUUGAAAGUGCGCCAGUUCCAGUCCAAUGUGAUCUCAAAGUCGCCCUAGAAAGCCCGACUGAUAUCACGGAUAUCCCUGUUACCGACGAUAUAAAGUCACAGAUUGCUGAUACUUUGAAAUCGUCAGGUCAUGAUGAAGAGACGAUUGAUCUCUUACGAGAACAACUCGGCAAGUUGUUGAACUUAAAUGGUGAUACUGUUGAGCUGUCGACGUACAAAAAGGAUGGAACUCCAAUUGAUUUUACGAUCAAUAUUCAUCGUAUCACAAAAAUAACUGUGCCAGUUUCCCUAAAAGAAGAGCCCCAAGAGGAGAGUCCUGACUCCAAAAAAGUUAUCCCAAUAACACUUGAAAUCAAGGCUCAGAUCGUAGACUCGUUAAAAUCUGCUGAUCUUGACGAGGAGACACUUGAUCUGCUUGAAAAGGAAGUAGAGAAGCUCGACAAUCUGGAGGGUCAUAGCAUCGACUUAAACAUCGCUAAGAAAGACGGAACUCCGAUCAGCCUUACUAUCAACUUGGAGAACAUUACCAAAAACAUUGCUCCAACAACCCUUGAAAGUGAGGAUGCUCCUGAGCUCCUGGAGUCUGUAGAUAUGGAUCCGUGUGAAGAUAUAACUGUUGAGCAAGAUAUCAAAGAGAAGGUUCAUCGUGCCCCUCUUGCACUUGAUAUCCCUGUUUCACUUGCUUGUAUCGGUAAAGACAUUAAAGCUGUUCCAAUUGGUAUGGAUGAUUACGGAUAUGCCUUGGAAUAUCCCAAAGCUAAGAAAGAGGAACCCCUGGAGCCGCUUGGACAAUUCUUGGCAGUCCAUACUGAGAUAACUGACAAGAUUAAAGAAGCAAUCAUUGCAUUGGAUAUUCCCAAACCUGCAAAAGAAGAUCUGAUCAAGGAGCUUGAUAACGGAAAUAUGAUGGCUUGUGGUGCAAAUGGUCUUAUAAAGACUACACUCGAAAUUAUUGAGCCUGUCGCUACGCUCGUCAACUUGACUCUUCCUGAUACUCCUGUGAACCCAGGUGAUAUUGUCGUAGACUUUUCUCAGCCCAAAGAAGAUACAGCUGAAAUACCUUUGAAAGAAGAGGUUGCUCCUGAAGAGGGUGGUAUUGAGGAUAUUCACGUUGAAUCAGAGAAGGUACCCGAAGUUUUAGAAGAGCCUGGUGAGAAGAAGAUGGUUCCAGUUACCGAAGAUAUAAAAGCCCAGAUCAUGGAUUCACUGAAAGGAGCAAAUCUUGAUGGUGAAACCCUUGAUCUACUGGAGAAAGAAGUCGACAAAUUGGACAAUCUUGAAGGUGACCAGGUCAAACUUAUUACUGAGAAAGAAGACGGCACACCGAUAGCUUUGACAAUAAACGUAUCGCAUAUUACCAAACAUAUUGCUUCAAUACCUGUGUCAGAUGAAGAGGAAUAUGAACUAGUAGAGCCUGCAGAAGAACCGAAAAAAGAAACCGGCGUCGAAGAUUUACCCCUGGUGGAGGUGGUUGUUGAUGUCUUAGAUUACUGCAACAUCGACGAAGAUUUACAAAGGGAUAACAUCCAAAAGAGGACAUUCACCAGAUGGGCCAACGUUCAACUGAAACCGAGCCAGGUGGAGGUUGAGGAUUUGUACGAUGAUCUGAAGGAUGGUUUGAAACUUAUUGCCUUGCUAGAAAAUCUUUCUAAGAAGCCUAUUAAAAAGACCCAGAGAGUAAAAAUGAACAUUCACAAACUACAGAACUUAGAAUACGCUCUAAGACAUCUCGAAAAAGAAGGGGUGAAACUUGUUAACAUCAGCAAUGAAGAUAUCCUGAGUGGAAAUCACAAGCUGACCCUAGGUCUCAUAUGGACCAUAAUUUGCAGAUAUCAAUUCGAGAACCUUUCUAUGGGAAACGUGACAGGUGGCAAGUUGAAGAGCCUGCUCCUGGCUAAGUGUAACCAAUCUAUCAUGAUCGGAACCAGCUCAUCCAGAAUAAUGCACGCAAAGAAGGCGGCUACAGUGUGGCGGAUGAAGGGCAAGAGGAACGGUAACCACAAACCUAACCUGGGCAGUAUAAGUGAAGCUGCUGAUGAUGAUGAUGAUCAGAGUGGGUACAUUGAUCCGGACGAGCUGGCUAACGGGUAUCCUCCCGCGAAAGCACACAACUUCACCUCAUCAUUCCAAGAUGGAAUGGCUUUCUGCGCGAUGAUUGCUGCCCACGCUCCUGACGCUAUCGACAUUGAGGCGUGCAAAGAGAUGGAACCAAUCGCUCGACACGAGCUUGCAUUUACAGUAGCAGAGGAGAGAUUUGAGGUGCACCAGCUGCUGGAACCCUACGAUACAGUCCAUAGCCCUGACGAGAAGAGUAUCAUGACGUACAUUGCUGCUCUAACUGCUAAACUACCUGAUCUGGGAGUCCAUGUAGAUGUUGCGACAAUAGACGACUAUGCGACCCACGCUCGGGCAGUUAAACAGUUCCUGGGAGACAAGAAGAACAGUUGGGACACCGACCCAUUACCCGUCACUGUCGAUUCACCUACAGAGACGAUACAAGCUGAGAUUGACGCCCUGAGAGCGUUCGGAGCCAACCAGAUGCCUGAUAAGCAUAAGGAGAUUGACUUGCUGGCUAAAGCUUACAAAGAACUUGAAGCAAAAACUGAUUCGGACCAACUGAAGAUCAUCACGGACGAAGCGCUCACUCCCAAAGAUUUGUCAGAGAGCUUCAACAUUGCGCUGAACGCCAAGAAAGGACGAGAACAGAGACUCCUAAAUCUCCUUAAAAAGAAAGAGAACGAGGGUUCAGACCUAGAGAAGAUAAGUGUUGACUGUGGUUCAGUCAAGGAGAAGCUCCGCCAGCUGGCUGGAGAAGUGAGCCGAGGCAAGGAGACUUGGCCGGAUGCCAGCCAGCCCGAGAUUAAGCGGGACUGUGACCGUAUUGACGGUUUCAUCGACGUGAUCACAGCAGAUUUAGAUAACAUCACGAAGAAGUAUAACGAGGUGGCACAGUAUGCUACAGAUACGGAUACUAUCACUCCCAUUGCAGUUCUGAUAGAUGAGCAGAACACUGAGUUUGAGCAGAUUGUUGAGGACUACCGAGCCUUCAUAUCUCAACAUAUGAAGGAUUCAGAGGACUCUCUGCUGAACAAGAUCAAGGAUCUGAGCGAGAAGCUGGAUGCUAAGAGGACAGGUCUGAGUAACAUUCAGUGGACUAACGACCUCGCUGUUCUCAAGUCUUGUCUGGAGGACGUUGAGAAGAUUCAGAAUGACAUCAAUACUCUCGAGGCGGAUAAAAACGAGCUGAAAGCAAAGCACGAGAGUCUGGUACCCUCAGACCCUCUGUACGGCAAGUUUGACGCUGUGCUGGCUCGCUGUAUCGAGAAGUUUGACGAUACUCAGAAGCAGGCUGUCAGGUCCCACCACGAUCUCAGCAUUCUCAGGAAAUUCCUUGAAGGAGUAUUCCAAGAGCUGCCCUGGAUCAAGAAACAGGAACAGAACGAGAUCAAGAGAAGGUGGCACAUUGUAGUGGACCCCUCUGCUAUGCCACCCUGCUCUCAAGUAGAGUACCAGGCUGAGCUAGCGAAGCUGACGCAGCACGAGAGCAGCAUAACCCAGCUGAUAAAGGUAGCAAAGAACCUGAUCAAGGAGUCUCCUGAGCUGGACGUCCUGGUUCAAGAGCCCAUGUUCAGACUGGAAGUAGAGUGGAAGAGACUCUACAACCUGAUGCAGUGCUGUAACACCCAGCUGAAGAUCUACGAGGAGAACCUGCCCUUCUACAGAAUACUCAACUCUAUUACUAAGAACACUAAUGAUAUCAACGAGGCUUUGCUCCAUCCUAACAAGGAGGACCCGACCAAGUACAAGCAGCUGUUAGAGCAACAUAACAAGAAUAUUGAGAUUGGACUGAACCAGCUGGAGAAGUUGGAUAAGUACCCCUCUACUGGAUACUUCAUUGAUAGGUCCAUCCUUCCAUCUGAUGUUAACGGACUUGGAGAUGUCUACCUCAGAGGAGAGAAGAUCCUGCGCCCAGGUGACACAACCCAGAUCACCCGUGUUGGUGAUAACCUGGUAUGUGAGGUGAAACUAGACUCCGGCAAGAAGGAACUUCUUCCCAUUGUUUACUUCACCAGACCUUACGAACCCCCAAUACUCAAGAAGUUCAUCAUCCACCACAAGCAAAGAGUGGAGGAGAUCAAUGUGAAGGUGGAAGCACUGACCAAGGAUCUCAUCUCUCAGAAGAUAUUCGAGGAUAUGGAGGAUGUUCUCAUGUGGGAGGACCUUCCUGAUGAGUUGAGCGAAGACGAAAUUGGAGUGAUCAAAGCUGAGUGUGAAGCUGCUGUCAAAGCUUGCCAGGAGAGAGGAGAUCAGGAGACUGCUGAUGCUCUGACUCUCAAACUUAACCUCGUCAUCAGACACACUGCUGAUCUCGCAGAAAAAGCUAAACUUUCCAAGGAUAUUGGAGAUGAAGUUGAUGGAGUAGAGGAGGAUAUCAAGGUUGAGAUGGACUGGGCACAUACCACCGAGAAGACAAUAGAUGAUCUUCUGGUGAAGGUGCCAGCCAAGGACCCUCAGGAGAUCGAGAUGAAUGUCAGGAUCUAUGAUAUUCAACCUUAUCAGGAGAUAGCUUCCGAGUUCCCGGGUCACGAGAUGAAACAGAAGGAGAUAGUUGUCUCAUGGCAGAACAUCAAGGACAAGAACCUCAAGUUGGACAAGGACCUAGAUCCCGAGAUAUCUGAUAUGCAAGAUAUCAUGAGGAAUAUCAAGAAAAAGAAGAACGAUCUCUACGAUAAGACCACCAUCGAGUUUGUUGACCAUGAAAUGAAGCCUCUUGAGGUUUGGGUUGACGUAGCACGAAAGAGGGUUGAUCAGAUCGAUGUUGACGGAGACCUACCCAAACUCCAGAAAAUUAUUGCAGAAGUAAACGUGUUCCUCGAGGACAUGAAGGAGAAGGAGAAGGACAUGGACCGUCUCAACAGCAAAUGGGAGGAGGGAGUUAGCCUGGGUCUCGAGAACCCUGACAUUGAGAGAAGGAUUGCCAAACUGAACUGUGACUGGGAUGAGCUUUGUGACCUGACUGAGAACAAAAGCAACACUGCCAAUACCGCCCUGCAGAACAUGGAGGAUUACGAUACCGAUUGGAUUGAUCAGAAGGCUGCUCUGGAGUCUGUGGACAUAUGGAUAGCUGAAAAGCAGGACGUGUUGAAAGAGUUCGCUGAGAUCCCAAUGGAUCGUGAUAAGCUUGACAGAAUGUUGGGUGAACACGAGAUGACUAUCCGGGAUAUUGAGGAUAGGAAACCUAACAUUGAGGCUAUCCUGGAGAAGGGAGGCUUGAUAGUGGAGGCUCUCAAACACCCUGAGACAAAGAAAGCAGCAUCUGACAAACUCAACGACCUGGAUAAGAACUACAUAGAACUGGAGAUCAACUGUGCGGCCAUCACCAGGAAACUGAAAGAUGCCCUUGGUGACAUGUCCGAUCUGGACGAUAAACUAAAGGAGGUCGUCAGGUGGGAAGAUGAAAGCAAGGACUACAUCCAAAAACAGGAGCCUGUUAGUGAAGAUCCUGAGAAACUCAAGGAACAGAUUGCCAAUCUCGGCGAGUUCAAAGAGGCUGUUGAUGAGAUGAGACCGGAGAUUGACUACGUACAGAACCAAGGGAAGACUUGUCUGGAUAAGUACGGAGAUAAGGACUCUAAGAUGAAGGAGUUGAAGAUGAUCCUGGCUAAUGUCAACGUCAACUGGGAGUUUAUCGAGUCAUGGUUAAAGAACCGUGAGAACGAGCUAAACGCCGCCAAGAAGAGGAACAAUGACAAAUUGUUCGCUGAUAUUGAGGCUAUGAUCAAAUGGCUGGGUGAACUGAAGGAUCUCUUGAACAACAACCAAGUCAAAUCCAUGAUCAACAUCAACCCUAUUAUUGAUAUCAUCAGGAAAGUACAAGGAGAGCUAGACGAAAAGAAACCCCACUACCUGAUGCUGUGUGAAGCCAGUGCUAAGGAAGUACCUGAGCUUGAGGAGCCCGUGUGCUUCGAACUCGAGGCUAAGACUGACAAGAUGAAGAAACUCUGGAAUGAGUUGUGCUUGGACUGCGAAGUUCAGACACGUGACAUCGAAGACUUCGUAAAUAAAUCUGCCGAAGUUGACGAAUCACUCGACAACCUUCUCAACUGGGCCAAUGUCAAGUACGGAGACCUUGUCAAACUCGAGGAUGUCAAACCCGAGGAACUCUCAAAACUCCUCAAGCCCCACGAAGACGAAGUGAACGCUAAAGCCCCGGAAGUGGUAGGUAAACUAGCUGAUGUGGAGCAGCUGCUGGGACCUGUAGCUGACCGAGACACUGAUGAUCUGGAGGUUAUGGCUCUCAUCCAAAAACACGAUGCUCUCGCUAACAAGUGGCAGGAUAUCCAGGAUGAGCUCGAGAAACUCAGGAAGAGGGACGAGCUCCCGGCCGGCUGGCCAAUGUUCGGGAUUACCGAAUUAGUUUGUCUCAUCCAGAAGGCUAACGAGUACACCGAUCAAGAGUCAUGGUUCUUGGACAUCUGUUUGAAGAUGGACAAGUGGCUCCAAAUCAAGAAACGUAUCCUACUGGCACAACCUAUUGUGGUCAUGGAGUCCUUUGCUGAUGACCUCAAAUACCAUCGUGAUCUACUAACCGAGUACGAGGCUAAACAGAUCGAGUUCAACAGAAUCUGGGAGAUCUCCGCCAACAUCAUCAAGGCGGUGGCUGAUCCCAAGAAGAAGGCUAAAUUGAACCUCAUCAGGGACAAAUUAGCUAAUCUGUGGGAGGAAGUUUACGGUCUCUGUAUGAAGAGACACUACCAGUUUAUUGAGAUCCUCAAGGAGGUCUACAGAUUGGAGUUCAAACUCGUUCUUACUGUUGAGUGGCUGGUUGAGACUCACUACAGAAUCAAACACAAGCCCAAUGGAGACUUCGUGCAGGACAUAGCGUUCUUGAAGGAGAUAGAAGCGAACCAGCAGUACGUUCACCAGACGUUUGAAGAUGGCAGAAGAGUACUGAGAUGUGUAAAGGCAGGACAGUUACCCGCCAGUGAGAUGCCCCGCAAGGACACUAUCCCCAACAUUGAGAAACAUCUGAUCGAUCUCCACAACAACUGGGAACGUCUCCUGGCGGAGAUCGUCCUGGAGAAGCAGAGGAUCGACCAGGUCAUGGCUCCUCUGGAGACUCAUGUCUACAGGAUGGACAAGCUCCUUGCCUGGCUCCUUGCUGAACAAGUCAAGGUGGAGAAAGAUGUCCAACUUGGUGGUACAAGCAAGCAGCUGCUCCGACAGCUGAACGCUGUUAAACAGCUUGAAGUGGACCUGAACAAUAAUCGGGAACGGUUGAAGAACCUGAACGAGGAGGGCUACAAGAACCUCUACAACGCCGGGGUCACUGAUGACUUCCUGAAAACUCAUGGUACUUGUCUGGCGAGGUCUUGUCCUCAGAUCGAUGAUAAUGUCACCUACAUUGCCGCUAUGAACACCACUUGGAAACACCUUGAGUGUCAUGUGAGGGAACGGAAAGUGAGGUUAGAAGAUCUAUCAGAUCGCAUGGAGAAGUUCGAUAAACUAAUCCAGGCGCAACAUCACUGGCUGAACACAUGCUCUGAUAAGAUAACGAAAACCCAGACCGACACGGGAGGAGCUCACGACAAUGAGGCAAUAAUAUCUGAACUGCAGACCCUGCACGCUCAACUCCUAGCAACCAACAAGAUAGGACUUCUGCUGAUAUACCAGCAUGGAGAGGUGGUCCUGCCUACUAUCGGCAAGAUCCUUGAUCUGCAGAUGCACUUUGAUAACACGUGCAGUGAGGCGCAUUCUAAACAUUGCCACGUCGACAAGUCCCAGCUUCAGCUCAAACUAUUUAGGGAUUCAUUAGAGGGCAUGUUGGCAUGGUUACAUAAACAAAGAAAAGCUGUGGACGAGAAAUGCCGUCUGGUUGGUUCUGAUGGUAAACUUGAUGAACUUAUCGAAUGGCAUCGGAAGACUAAACAAGAUAUCGAGACACACAGAGGGGUUCGGGAUAGUAUCCUUCUUAUAUCUGACAGGUUUAUCAAGGAAUUAGGACAUACCGAGAUAAACCAACUUAAGACUAGCGUAUCUGAACUGAAGGAUGGUUUCAGCAAUUUAGAGAUAUCCUUUAAAAAGGCCCAGUAUAAGCUAGAAGAAGAGAACUGUAAUUUGAAGAAUAUAUCAGAAGCUUUAUCUACUCUCAACAAAUGGAUUCAUACACAGCAGAGAUUCGUGAAAACGCAGUCCACAAUAAUUCCGGAGGGCAAGAUUGAAUUGACACAGUUUAAAGUAGAGAUUAAAGCUGGUCUGGUACAGUUAGAGGAACGGGAGAUUCAUGUUACUGUGACCUUGAACUCAGCUCAAAAACAAAUUCUUAGGAUUGAAGAGGAGAAGCAUUCAGAGGCUAUUCAGAAAAUGGCGGAUCAAGUGAAAAUAAACUGGGAAAAGCUUAGAAGGAACUUCGAGAAACUUGGAGCCACCGUGGAUGCAGCACUCAACCAACUUGCGCUGAACGAUAUAAAGCUUCAAGAGGUGUACCAGUGGGCAGUGAACUUCUACAAGAUGGUUAGCCUCAGUAUAGAGGAGAGCAUCACCCUGGUCUACGAGGAACAGCUCUAUCUCCUCAAGUCGUACGAGUACCAAAUCAGUGAGAAGGUAAAGAUACUUGUAACCCUGAGGAUAGAUGUGGCUAUGGAGGAUGUCAAAUAUUCUGCUCUAUUUAUCAAGAUUGAAGCUGUAAUUUCAAAGAUGACUAAGAAGAUUGAGGAGAGAAAAGAGGAACUACAAAUCACGAUAAGUCAGCUAGCAGAGUUUGAGGUAGCAGUUGACAAGGCACUGUCGUGGCUCACUGACCAGGAGGUCAUAUUGAAGCAGAUCGUGGUUAUUCAGGAUGAAGAGAGUGUUGAUCUACUUAUCACCCAGAAAGAGGAAGUAUACGAGCUUAUCGAACAUGUGAAGGACAACAUGGAAUCUAUUGAAAGUGUACUAGAGACUGGAGAGGAUAUAGGACUGAAGGAGAUGAACAGAUUCUCCUUGUACACAAAGCUAGUAAACCUCAAAACGCGGUGGACGCAGCUUGAUCUCGACUGUCAUCAGAAGAUUAUACAGAUCGAGCUGAAUAUUAUCUCUAUUAAAGAGUACAAGUUACUUCAAUGGCUUGUUAAGCAAGAAGAGAGAUUGACUGUCAACAUAGAAAUCCUAAUUCGAGCGGAACUAGAAGAGAUCCUGGCCAUGUACAAAGAGUACAAGGUAAACUACGAGGAGGUUAGAGUCCUGUAUCUGGAACUGAAGGACAAGGUGGACCUAGUUGAGAGAGAGGAGCUCGAGCGGGAUAUCCGGAUUAUUGAAACUCACUGGGUUAACGUUUACGAGCUCCUCAUGUCUGCUUUUGCUGUUGUAAGUUGGCAGGUGUCUGCAAGAGAAGAGGCAGAUAGUGAGUCCGAGGAGGAGGACACAGAGGAGGACAGUUCUAAUGCUGGACGUAAAAGGGGCUUUGCCUUCAAUGUUGAAUUCGGGGAAGAUGGGGAAAAGCCGAUGGAGGCAAUGGUUCCAGAGAAAGACGAGCCAGACAUAAUCAUGGCACCUGAAAUAAUGGUAAACGUGGAGAACAAGCCGACCCUGGAAUCUGCAGCGCCUGCUCCGCAAGCAAUCGGCGGAGGUUGGGGUGGAGUUGACAUUCCUGACAUAAAUAUCAAUGUUGAAGGAGGAAAUGUAGCUAUGACGAACUCUGCGGCCCCUGGAGCUGAGCGAAUAUCGGCAUCCUCAGAACAAAAGAAGGAAGAAAGUAAAAGCAUCAACAACCGUUUCAAUGCUGGGGGCUACAACGGGUUCGGGGGUGGUGGGGUGCCUUUUCAGCUACCCAUGUUGCCUCAGCUUCAGUACAAUCAGAACGUGGGUAAUCACACCUGUUGUGGGGGUAACAACUCAAAUGUUACAGAGAUCGACAGCUCUAAGUUCCUCUUAGCUAUUGUUGAUUUGAGAUCGUGGAUCACUAGUCAUCUGCAAGAGUUGAUGAACUACGAUAACCCCGACAUAGACGCCCAGUUACAAUGGCUAACUGAUCUUAACCAGGUAUUGAUGAACCAAGAGUUGACUGUACAGGAUACCCAUAACACGAUUAAGAUGAUGUUACCAAAACUAUCCUUGACUGCAAAAGAUCAGCUAGUCUCUCAAAUCGAGGGAAUGUUGCAUGAUUUCAGUGAAUUGAAGAGCCUGGUAAAUUCGAGACUGCUGGCAGUCCGAAAAACAAAGGGUGAAUGUAAUGACUUCGAAGACACCAUGGCUGAGUUCGAAGAGGAGCUGAUAGAUGCUGAGGAAAUAUUUGACAAGAUCAAAGGCAGGAUCCACAAUCUUGAUGAAAUCAUCGUCAACAUCGAAAGUCUGGCUGAGCUGGAAGGUAAGCUGGAACUGUGGAGGAACCUGUUUGAUAAGGGGGUAGAAGGUGCGGGGUGUCCUCCUUCUCUCCAACACAAUACCCAGAUCAUUGCAGCUCAGUGGAGUGAUUUGUUCGAGGGAGUUGCUGAUUGUAAGAUCAUGCUCAAGUCUGCCCACCAACGUGUUGCUCAGAUCGAACUAGAUUUGAAAGAAGUUCACGAGUGGCUGCAAAUAAAAGAGUCCUCCAUGAGCAGAUCCAAAUUGUACACAACUAUACACGAGAUGGAGAUAUCGUUCUCAACCGUGUCCCAGAUAGGAAUGGAUGCUCAGAAUAAAAGACUCUUCUUCGACCCACUCAAGUUUUCUGCGGUUGAGAUGUUUACCGGAGUGUGUAUGACGAAUGUCAGAGAAUUUUACUCCAGUCUGAGUACCAGAGUGGUUACAUUGUGGCAAAACGCUGAGGAUCUCUCCCUUACUUUUAGACAGAAUAUUAACCUUGUACAUGACAUUAUCGGGAGCUGCGAGAGUUUUAUCACUUGGGUGAAGAUGGUCUCCGCCGAAGUAGAUAGUAUUGAGAAACCAGAGAACAGAGAAGACUCGGUCAAGUCCCUCUCGAAGUUGGACGACUACAUUGAUCUAGUUCCAGAGAGAGAGAGGGAGUUUGAUACGCUCGUUGAAAGGGUCAAGGACCUAGAUAAUCUGGCUAGCAGCCUCAUCAUCGGACAUAUCAAUCAGUCCUCUCAGGAGUUCAACUUGCUGAAGAUGUUGCUAAAGAAGAAACACUCCAUAGUUUCCGGCCUGGUGACCCACUAUUCCGCCGAAGAAGGCCUUUUAAAGAAGAUCCAGGACGCUCUUCAAGAAGCAGAGAAAGUUCUCAACUCUCCCAUGCUUAUCCCUUGCAAUAUUGAGGGUCUUGGUGCGAUAAAUGAACAGUACAGUGACAUCAGCAAGCAGUUAGAACGUACUAAAGAGAUGAUAGAGAACAUAGCUCAGCACAGUCCCGAGUUAGCCGCCCAGCUAAGGGAGCGAUGUGGUCAUGCUUCCAACGAGCAGCACAACAUUUCCCUGAAAGUUGGAGAAGCUUUGGGAUCCCUUAAAUCUCUCCACCAACAACUCGAGGAGAUGAUCGAAUGGGAAGAUCACAUGAUUAAAAAGAUUGGGGAACUGAAUAUUCCUACUGGGAGCAAAGAUGAAGUUCUGGAUCUGGAAGAAAAGAUCAAGGAAAUCGGCACGAAGAUCGAACGCCAGGAAAUGACUUACAACCGACUGGAGGACAAGACCAACAAUGUCAUGAUCCAGUUCGAGUUGGGGACCGGAGAGGAGAUCGAGGAGAAGCUAGUUCAGAUGCAGAACCUUUGGAGGGAAAUCACCGGGGUAACUGCUGAACACAAGAGUCGAGUCGAGAAGGCAAUGUUCCAUUUUGAUACAUUUGACUCUACAAUAAUGAACCACGAGGCCUUCCUGCAGUCGCAACAGAGUCACUUCAAUUUCAUCAAACAGAACCCAGAGAAUGAGACUGCAAAAGAACGGAAUGAGAAGUUACGCGAGGAGCUGAACAACUCCUCCCUGUUGGAUGACAUGACAUACGCUCUCACCCAAAUGAAAGAGAUGUUUCCUGAUGUCAGUGUAGCGGACGAGUUCGCAAAGCUACAGACAGUUAAAAGCCACCAAGAGGCGUUUGUGAGUAAAGUAGAGGACCACAGCAAGCAUAUAGAGGACCGUAUAACAGCGUCAGUGUACGAGAAUAUCCCAGUUCAGGCCCUGAUGGACUGGGUUAAGGAGACGAAGGAGAAGGAAGUACAUGAUCUGGAGGACAACAUGCCCGGGUCACUGGAGGAGUGUGAGAUGGAGCUGGAUAAUCACGAGAAAAUUCUGCAAGAGUUGGCAGCUAAGCAGAAAGAAAUCAUCAAAGCACAAAGCGAGGCGGAAAAGUUGUUCCAAGAAAAAGGGUUUGAUCCAGGUGUCCAAAAGCUGGCAGAGGAGAUGAAGCUGCUUCAGGAACAGUGGGACGAUGCUACACAGCUGAUAACGCAGAGACAGAAGCUUCUAGAAGAGAGACUGGUGACUUUAGGAGCUCUGUCAGACGAUAUAGAGGAUCAGUUCUCCUGGUUAACCCAGACGAGACGGUUGAUAGAGGAGGCUGAGGAACCCUCCACUGAGCUCCAUUGUCUUAUUGAGGAUAUCACUUCUAUCAAGAACAUUCGAAGUGACGUUGGGGACCACGGUCAGGACGUAACUGACGUGUGCUCCAAGGGUCACGAGGUCCUCUCUACCAGUAAGAACACAGACAAGGUCUCUGCAAGACUCAGGGAUCUUACUGAUGCGUGGCAGGAGUUAAAUGAUGUUGCCAGGGACAGACACAUCCUGCUUCAGAACGCGCUUCAGAUGCUUCAAAAAGCUGGAGAGUCGGAGACUGAUUCGCUGUAUAACUGGGUAAAGGAGGUAUCAGAUAACCUGGGUCCCUCUGCCCUCCCUCCCAACUUCACCUCGGAAGAUUUACAAGAGAUGGCUGUUCAUGUUCAGGGAAUCAGAGCGAGCACAGAUCAGAAACUGGAGGAGCUAAAUGCACAUAUAAACAUGAUGAAGGGUAAAGGGCCUCUCAAGGGUAAGACAAAACGUCUGGAACAAUCCUUGACGCACACUUUGAAGAAGCUAGCCGACCAGGAAGCGUAUCUGCGAGACCACCAGGAGAUACAGGUGCAGCUGGAUAACCUGAAGGAACUGCAGUCUUGGCUGGACCAGAGUCAGGCUAUUGUUGAGGAGCUCAGCUCACUAGACUCCAUGGAGCCUGAUCAGGUGAGGACAGCAGUGGAGUGUUACGAGCAGCUGAAAUCAGACCUAGACAUACACAUAAAGGACAUGGACUCUCUGUCCGGUAUACCCCCGGAGUGUAUACCCUGCAACUACCGGAGUGCUCUGAAGGAGGUGCUGGAGCAGUGGGAGGAGCUCGUCCAGGAUGUCAACGACAAACAGGUUGAUAUGGGUGAACUGAGUGGAGCUCUCUACUCGUUUGACGACAGUCUACCUUAUCUUAUAUCAGUAAAGGACGACCUUACGGUGAAAGUAUCAACCAUCUCAUCUGAAAACUUCAACAUUGACGAGAUAUCGAUGAAGCUGCAGCAACACAAACUGAUAUCUCGAGAGAUAACCAAACUGGUGAACUCUGAACCCUCUAGGAAUCUAGAGAGAAUACUUAACAGUGUCAACAAAAUUCUGGGGUGCGACAACGUGUUCUCACAAGAGAUAGCCACGUUCCGUGCACAAUGGGAGAUGUUUGUUGACACAGUUAAUGAUCAGAGGAACUCUCUCACAGAGGAGAAGUUGGAGUGGAAACAGUUCAACGAUAGCUGCUCUUCUAAGAUGACCUGGAUUAAGGAAAGACAACUAGAAGUGGAUGAUAUAAUCCGAGAGUGCGAGGGUGGUGGUAACGAGAACCUUCAUCAGAAUAUGGAGACCCUUAGAGUUUUAUCUAAAUCUUUUGGCCUCUACGAGGAACAGAUUCAACAGGUAUCUGAAAAUUCACACAAGUUUACCAAGAGCAUGGAGUCACAGUUGGAGAACCUAAAGAAAGCCUGGUUACAACUGGGAGACAAGAUGGAACAGGCUAACAACCUUCUGGAUUGUUCUUACAAUUCUGAUAACUUCUCACAGUCCCUCCAGUCCCUCUUCCAGUGGCUCGGUGAUACGGAGCAAUUACCGGUACUUUCUUCCAUCAUACCGAAGGACCUGGAACUGUUAGACAAGGACACAGAGUCCCUGAAACAGCUGUUUACUGAGCUAGAGAAACACGCUGAGAAAGUGGAGGAGCUAGUUGAGAUGGAUACCGGGACUAGUGAAAAGUUUCUUGUGGACCAGGUGGAGUUGUUGGAGCAGAGGUGGAAUAAUAUAUGUGAUAUAGCGGCCGCCAGAGAAGAGGAGAUGAAAGCUAUCAGGACCCAACUGGAGGGUUAUGAGGCGGAGUUCGGCCGGGUUCAGACCUGGCUUGAUACCCAGGAGAACAAACUCACCUCCAUGCGGGGGCAGGUUAGCAGCGAAUCUAUGUUGGAACAGCAUCUUGGUGACCUGGAUGAGUUUUUGAAGCUAGAGACCUUCGCUCAGGCUGAGUUGAUGGGUCUCCGAGAGGCUGCUAAACGGUUACACGGAGACAGUCUACCCCACAAAGUGAGCAGUGCACUGAACAAGAACUCACAGCGAUGGAACACCUUGUGCCAACAAGCCAAGUCUACUAAAGUUAACCUCCAACAACGAUUGAGACUGGUCUUAAGACACAGGUCUGAUUUGGACGAUGUAAUAAAAUCUCUGAACGAGCAGCUAGCUGACGUAGAGAUACAUCUCAGCUACACUGAGCAACUCACUGACACCAAAGAGGUAUUGAUCGAGAAGGAGAAAUUCAUCGAGAAGACGAUAGCAAUCCUAGUAAAUGUUGAAGAAGAUUAUGACUCUUUACAGAAACUGAUGCUGAGUUGUCCGAUAGAGCUCCAGGAGACCUACACCUCGCAUGUUAACAGUAUCGAAGAUGUGUACAGUAAGAUUGUCAUGAGGCACAAGGUCGCCGUACAGUCCGUCAGUGAUCAGGUGAAUAUAGUGAACAAGUACGGACAACAUCUGGACGACACAACCGGACGGAUAGUGUCUCUGUUAAUCGAACUCCAGGAUAAGAUACCCUUCUCUUCUCAUCUCGAGGACAUCACCUACAAUAUCGAGUUCUUUAAAUCUGCCGUGAACAAGUACAAAACACUGAACGCUGAGGUAAGAUCGAUCCAAUCGGACAGCAUUGUCGUUCCCUUCUUCAAGACAGAUCUCAAGAACGUUAAAGACAGACUCGACUGUCUCGACAAAUUUUCCAAACAGAUGAUGGAGGUCCUUCUGAAGGGUUCUGAUAUAUCUACCGAGUUUAGAGACGGAAUUGUCAAAACUAGCUCAUUUCUCGAUGAGAUUUCAAAGGAAGUGGAGACUUCCAUUACUCCUUUCAUGACUUCAGACACUCCACAAGACCUUCAAUCAGCCCUUAACACUAUCGUUGAGAUCAAACAUUGCAUGAAAACGAGAGGUAAUCUCAUUGAAGAUAUCGAGAACACCUUAAAGAAGUUUGACGAGUACUACAAUGUAGAUCCGCUAAAAAUAGAGUACGAAGAGGUGUGCGGCACCUGGUUUGAAAUGCUCAAUGAACUUGUCGAAAUGGAAACAAGACUAUCAACAAGUUUGUCCAGUAAGACCUUCUUCCAGAACCAGCUAUCUGGACUGAAAACAACUUUCCAGCAACACCGAGAUACUCUAAAGACCCUAGAGGAUGUGACCACAGAAGUCAAACUCAGAUCCGCUAUAGAGACCCUAGAAACACUCCUCAGCACAGAGGAGACUCUGUCACAGGAGAUAAAUGCAGUUGUCCUUGAGGGAAAGAACAUCAUCCGCUCUAUCGACAACAUGGACGAUAUGAAGAGGAUCCAACUAGAGAUCCAGUCACUCCAAUCCGCGUACAGAGUAAUCCAGAACAGUAUCUCGAUGAAACACAAGAAAUACACGGCUAUCCUCGGACAACUGGACGAGUACAAGUCACUGAUCCAGAGUCACGAGCUCUUCAUUGACUCUACUCGGGACAUGAUGGAGAACCUGUCUAACGUGCUGGAUAACUCCGUGAUGGAGCACAAUAAAGCACAGUUAUCUUCCCUGGAGAACUCUAUCCUGGAUAAGAGACUGGAGCAUGAUAGGAUUGUCAACUUAGCGGAGACUGUUUUACGGUGUCUGGCUAAUGAGUCUUAUCUGAAGGAAACCACGACUAAUCUGAAGAUAAGUUGGAAUAGGAUGAACUGUGCCAUGACCGAGGCAGCUACUUCUAUUGAGAAUAACUCUAAAACUUUGAAGAAUUUGUACAAUGGAAUUGCGAUGCUCAUGAAGGAGACGUUAGAAAAAAGCAAGAUGAUUGUUGCUACGACUGAAGUUUCAAGUGAUAUUGCUAUGCUUCGCCAACAACACAGACAAAUGAAGAUGACGUUGAAAGAGCUGGAUGUGUUCGUUUCAACUGUUGAAAGAAUAAGACUGGCUGUUGAGAGCUCUCUAGAGCGAUGUAGUGACCCCGUCAGGAAGGACUUGACUGAUCGUCUCACUGCUUUUAGUGAUCUCUGGAGUACAACCAAAACUCGAACUGAAGCCGGAUUCCGGGAGAUAGAUGACCGACUAGGAGGAGUGCGGAGGUACCAGGAGCAGUUGUCAGAGGAGCAUGCCUGGUACGCGGCUGCGGAGGAGCGGUACACUGCCAUCAAACAUUCCGCAGCUGACAUGGACCUGGGUCACGUGACCAGUCUGACUAGUGAGGUUAACUUGCACACUGCUACUGUGAUGGACCUCAGGGAGAACAUUGUUAAGCUCAACUUCGAUCAGACUGUGAUAGAAGAGUGCACCUCUCUCAUCUCCAACUAUGACGAGCUGAAAGGGAGACUGGAGCAUCUUGUUUCAGUGUUUGAAGCUGAGAACUCUAAGACUUACAAACUCAUCUCUCACAUCGACCUAGUUCAACAUCAGGUGUACGAGAGAGGAAGGAACCUGGCCUCCCACCAAGCUGUCUCCUCCCACCACGAGACAGUAAAAUAUCAGGCUGAACAGCUGGAAGGGUUCAUGGGUACCCUGGAUCACGUUGAGAAUGACGUGGUUGAUCUCACGAGAUCUAACAAAAACUCAAGUCUUCCACAAGAGGUGCAAAUAAAGAUCCGGCAUCUGUCCGAGUCUUGGAACGAGCUGGCUGAGCAUGUUUCAGCGAGAGAACAGAGGAUAAAACAGAUGCUGCAACUUUUACAGCAGUUUGAUGACUCCUACAAUGACCUGUCCUCUUGGCUUCACGACAAGAGUAACGUGCUGGUAAACUCGCUGCCGUAUGACAUAGAGGGUGUUCAUUCUCACCAUGAACUGCUGGUCAGCGUCAAGUUCACUCUUAGUACCAAGUUCCACGUUAUACAAAUUGUAAAAGAAGUAGGUGAUACACUGGUGACCUUGUCUUCAGCUGCUGAUGUUGAGCAUAUCCAGAACAAGCUUCACAAGAUAAAACAGAAUUAUGGGAAGUUGGAACAUGACAUUGACAUAGCGAUCGAGCAAGCGAACGAAGCGGCUAUUGGUCUUCAGAACUUCAAACACAGAGUUGAUAGUAUCUCGGAGAUGCUGGGAAGAUAUGAGAAAGUAGUGGAGGAUCUGCCUAACUUCGGGGGUGGAGUGGAAGAACUGACAAGUUUUAUCGAGUCCCACCUUUCGGAGCUGGAUGGUAGCUACGAGGAAGUGGAGAAGCUGCAGUCCCUGGUGAGACGUCUGGAGGAUAAUAUCUGGUCCGGGGAGAACUCUUAUCUCAAGAACCUUCUACUCGACAUUAAUACCAGGUACAAACGAGUGCGCAGCAAGUUAAAGGGGUCACAUGAUCACAUCCAACAAAGCUCAGUGCUAGCUGACCAGUUCCUGGGGACUAUACAGAACGUGAUGUCCUGGGUCACUGACAUGGCCACUAAGAUAGAAGUGGAACUUCCUCCUGAUCAGGAACAACUAGUAGAUCUGGCCAGUAUUUUCCACCCUCUGAACAGGGAAGUUGUAGCCAAGGAGACCAGCAUCGACCUCCUCAUUGAGAAGGGAGCCAUGUUACUCACUGAAGGAGAUGUAGACACCAGCCACUACGUGAUAAAGAACAUUAGCAGGUUAGAGAUAGUAUGA